CUUUUGUUUACAUAUGCGCCGCGACGCCAAUUAAGAUAACAAGUGAACGUCGGCAUCCCGUUGCGAAUCGGCGUUCGUGUAGUCUACUCCGCGAAAGCUUUGAGUUUCGCACAACUGAACUGUUACCGCGUUCCGUGAAUGUGAGGGACUCGUGAAGGGAGAUUUAGUUUGCUAAAGCUCAAAAGUCUCUUCUCCAAUGCUCCUCUCGCCAUGAAUCAACUGUUGUCUCAAAAUUAACGUAUCUUGAAAAUGUCGUCCCAAGAAGAUAUCAACCCAGAUAGUUCACCGGAUUCUCCUGAUGCUCCUCCAAUGUCCAAACAACAGGAGGCUAUGUUUGAGCCGAAACCCACUCCCAAAAUCAUCAGAGUUCUCACGGUCAUGGCUUACGUCUUCAGCGUCUCGAUGGCAGCUAUUUUUUUGUCAAUUUAUUACAUAUUCAUGUGGGAAGGAAAACCGCAUCUUGGAGCCAGAGUUGCAGCGUGGAACUACGAGAGAAAUUUGAGCAUUUCCCCUCCUGUGGAAGGAGCGAAAUAUUCAAGAUACCAGCUAAUCGACGGUCAUCAUGAUCAAAACAAUAGUACAACACACAUUCCCACUGAUCUCGAACUAUUGGAGUACAAUGCAAGUAACAACUCCGACGUCGAUUUUGAUGUCAGAAAUGGAAACAGUGUCCCCGAUAACACGAGUUCUACACAACACUUAGGCGUUUCUAAGAGUCCAUCGAACAAAACAAUCAAGAAAAGAAGCGUUCUUGAAGGUGAUCCAAACGUCAAAGAUGUUAAGGAUAUAAAAGAGCCAGGUGAGUUUGAUAAUACACAAAAUAUGCAUAGUCAAGAUUUUAGUUUAUAUCUGAGGAGAAUUUAGUUAGGCUCGCGAUUUUUUGAAAAUAAAAUAGGA